CAUCGGCGUUAAAGCAAAGAAGGAUCCCCGUUUAAAUAAUUAAAUACUCAUAAUUACGUAUCAAUACAAUAAUUUAAGUUAAAGAAAAGAAAGGAGCUUUUUUCGUUUCCAUCAUUUUCUCCCUCAAGUUUCCACCUUUUUUGUUUUGAUUCAGCUUCACUCAAACAGAAUUUGACUCCUUUCUAUUCAAAGUUCAGACACAGUUUUCAAUGUCAAUUUGAAUGAUAUUUUAAGGUUUCUGUAGUUCUUUAUCAACACUAAAAAAUAGAAAUAGAAAUGGAGGACAAUAUUUGUAUUGAAACAAUGCAUCAAUCAGCUCAAGAAGAUGAUAGAAAUAAAACCCAUCCCCAUUUUAAUCAGAAAGAAGAAAGAGAAGAAGCCACCUUAAUGCAGCAGAAUACAAGACGGCCAAACCUCUCAUCUUUGGAAAUACCUGUGCGGUCUCUGGAGAGUACAUUAUAUGAUUUUGCAAAAAUAGAUAUUCCAAGUCCUACUUCUACCAAAGCCGGACUGCCCCCUAGACCAAACUCUGCAAGAUUGAUUUCAUCUGUUAAAAAUAUACUUCCCCAAAAGAGUGUCAGGGGUAAACACCCAACUCAGGAAGGUGAGAAAACAGUGCUCAUUAUCCCGGAUACACCAAUAUCGGACAAGCCUUCAACUUCAAGGUCAUUUUCUCUUAACAAAUUUUUAUUCUCUUCAUCAACAAAAACCCAUUCUUUACCCGUGACACCAAUGGCAAAUGCUGUACCUAAGCCCUUGGAGGAAAAUCAUGUGGAUGGCCAUUCUAAGCUACCUAAACAUGAAGUUCGAAAGCAUAUGACACGCUCAUUUUCAGUUCCUGUAAAUGUUAGAACCAGAAGUUUAAGGCAGACAGAUUCAUCUGGAGGUUUGAUACGUGUAAUAUCAGCAGUCCAGCGGUCUACAACAAAUGACGAUGCCUCCCCAGAUAUAUCCCCAGAAACAGAAGCCCAGGAUGAUUCUGGUGAAGACAUUCCAGAAGAAGAAGCUGUGUGCAGAAUUUGUUUUGUCGAGCUUGGUGAAGGAGGUGAAACGCUCAAGAUGGAGUGCAGUUGCAAAGGAGAUCUUGCACUUGCACACAAGGAGUGUGCCGUGAAGUGGUUUAGCAUCAAAGGUAACAAAACCUGUGAUGUUUGUAAGCAGGAUGUCCGUAACCUUCCGGUCACAUUGUUGAAGAUUCAAAAUCCUCCAACUGUUGUGAGAAGGUCCGCAGCUGUACUACAACAGAGGGAAAUAACUCGAUACAGGGUCUGGCAAGAUGUUCCUGUUCUUGUAAUGGUCAGCGUGCUUGCCUAUUUCUGCUUUCUAGAACAGCUUUUGGUGUCCGACAUGGGACCUCGAGCUCUUGCCAUCUCUCUGCCUUUCUCUUGUGUUUUGGGUCUUCUUUCAUCCUUGAUAGCUUCUACUAUGGUGAGCAAGAGUUACAUAUGGGCUUAUGCGUCAUUUCAGUUUGCAAUAGUGAUCCUAUUCGCUCAUAUAUUUUAUUCCGUGCUCAACGUAAAUGCUAUUCUAUCCGUGCUGCUUUCUUCUUUCACGGGUUUUGGAAUUGCAAUUAGUACUAAUUCACUUCUUGUGGAGUAUUUGCGAUGGAGAGCAAGUCGUCAUCCACAGGCUUCCCAGCAGAAUAUAAAUGGCGGUGUGCAAUUGCAUCAUCAGCAAAGAGAACAACACCACCGGCGCCACCAUCAGAACCCGCCUCCCCACAAUCAUCAACAACAUAGUCAACGUCAAAACAAUCAAGAGCAACAAAAUCUGUCAGCACAUAAUGUUUCUGUUGGAUCAGCUGAAAACACUAGGCAGCUGGAAACUCUGAUGCAGAGUGUAUGAACCAAAUAUUGAUAAACUUUUAGGUAUUUUGCAUUGUAAUAGCUUUCAUGAAGUUUGAAGGGUUUAAUAUGGCUUCAAAUUUUGGGAUUUAUCUUACUCGUACUUCUACAUAAAAAGUGGAAAUUAUUCCUGUUUAAAGCCUAAAUACUAUUAUAUAGUUUACCUAA